AUGUCGCCGCAAUCAGUUGCCUUCACAUACACUUCGACAGGUCCGAAUGUGAUUGCAUCGCCUCUGGCAAGCACAGACAGUACUGUCAACUCAGCCGGCUUAGAUCCCUUUACAUUGCUCCAGCCCCAGAUUGCCAACACGAUAGACCUGCGUUCUAUCAGUAAUGUAGUCACCGAGCUUGAUACCUACCAAGCCGACGGAUUUCGCGAUACGUCCGCAACAGUCUACCUCAAAUACAACAUGACGGUCGAAUACCUGAACUGGGUCAACUUCUAUGUGCCGACCGCCAAGAUAUCUUUGACGCUUGCCGCAGUCCGAGGAGGAAAUGUACUCGGCUUGGAAGAGAACCCAGAGGAUCUGAUUGUAGCGUCCAUAAAACCGCGAUGGUUUGACGCCGCUCAGGACGCAGCCAUGUAUGAGAUGGUGGGGGAGUGGGUCGACGCGGUUACUAAAGCUGCCGGCGCAAACCGCCAUCGCUUCUUGUAUCAGAACUUUGCGGCUCCGUCGCAAAAGCCACUUUGUGACUACGAAUAG